CCGCUUCAGUCCGGUGCAGUGAUAGGCAAGCAAGUAAGCACUGGGAAAAUGUUGUGGUCUGGUUUCUGCUACUAAGCUUCUUCACUGAGAAGCACAAGGACCUUUGUUCAACGGCUGUCUACUUUCCCGCCACUAGUCAUGGACCACAAGAUGAGCAUCGGGACAGAACAGCUGUAUUUCGACGAACUCAAUCAACGCUUUUCGGGACUGAACCUGAACGUUCCUUGCAGUGCGGAAGGUGCUGCUGGCGAAGACGGCGGCAGCGUUCCGACGUCCAUCUGUCACAUCUUCGAUCGUCUGUCCCGCUGGAAUUACGUCCUAUGGCACGUAGGCUUGCAGUUGCGAGAACUCCGUGGUCCCGGAAGACUGUCCCUGGUACGGGUCGUCUACAAGGGCGGUGGCGGCUGCACGCAGCAAACGCAAAGCCACCACGCGCGGAUUCUCCUUCACGUUCUCCUGGUGAAGCACAGCUGCGUCGAGAGCCUAGACCUCGACGACGUCUUAAUGGAAGGCGGUGGGCUCGGCGAGUGCCGGGAGCUUGUCGUCUCGGCUCUUCGGAAAAACACGACCCUGCAAACGUUGACCUUGUGUAGUCUCUACGAGUACAAGAGCGUUUGUGCGGACCUGUUCGGAGCCGUCGGCACGAUGACGAACCUGCACGAGCUGACCGUGCUCGGCAGCGGCUUGCCGCAUUCGUUCGUUCAGGACGCAGUUUGUCCGCUUCUCGUGAGCACCACGUGUCUUACCACUCUGUCGAUACCGGGAAUCAUUUACAUCGAGGAAACCGGUACGCGCCUGGUCGACGCGCUCCUGCGCAACGAAACCGUCGAGAAUCUGUCAGUUCACGCCAGCAUCGCGAGUACGUGUCUGCGGAACGGAUUCUCCGAAUUCUCUCACUUUCUUGCCAACAGCGCGCGGCUGACCUCUCUGAGCGUGCAAGGCGUGUACGGGGAUCCCAACUUCACCUACCCAAUUAUCGAGAGCAUCGUUCCCCCGCUCGUCUUUAGCGGCAAGCUCCGGAAGCUCCGACUAUGGAACUUCCGGUUAACAGCGGAGUGUGCGGGUCUGCUGGCUGUUCUCGUGUCUCGACAGGAAGGGUGUCUUGAGAGUUUGGACAUCGGCGGCUGCUGCUGGAGCCCCAAGGGUUGGCCGGAACGAUGGUUUCAAGGUGAUUUGCCCGACGGCGAGCAUACAGGUGAACCCGCGCCCACGCAUAAGACCUGUCCCUGGAUUCGGAUGUUCGAUUCCACCGCACAAGUACAGCUCUCGUUCUUUGCCCUCAGCUUCGAAGAACUCAGGCUGGACGAACUGCGGGUUCUAUUGGACAGAGCCGCUGCCGUCGCAUCUCUAAGAAACAUCUCGCUGAGCGGCGUGCCACUGAACAAACUGAAGAAAGUUUGCCGAGUCAUCCGGAAGGCCAAAAUGUUCGGCCGAGUCCGUAUAGACGAAGUCUACUACGUCGACUCUUCGGUGUUGGCCGAACUUCAGUGCUAUCCGGAGGCGUUAUCUAAGAUGGCGAUCACGUCUUUCACGGAGCCGUGUUUGAAGGCGUUUGCAGGAGCGGUCCAGCUGGCAUGCACCUGUUUUCGGGUCACCCAGCUUGAACUCAACUUGACUCAGGAAUUCCUGUCCGACGUCCUGACUUUUCGCACGGUGAGCGAGUACUUGAGCACCGCCGUCUUACUGAAUGCGCUCUGGCUGACCGGAUGUGACGACCCGGAUCUCAGCCGUACCCUACGAUCGGCAGGCCGGCCUUACAGCGUACUCCUCGAGGCGAUAUUCAAGAACGUGGCCAUCCAAACCCUACGACUGAACGAGAUGCGCCUCGGUGAGGACAACUUACGUUUCCUGGUCGACGAAGUUGCCGCCAGCAAGAGCUUGUGCCAGCUCGUCUUCGCAUCCUGGGACCCUACGGAAAACGGCAUGUUUGUUCGGUUGCUUGCCGCCAAGUUUUGGGAUAACAAGACCAUCUCUUACUUGCGUGUCCUGGAACGUACGGACUGUGUAGACGAUGAGUGGUUCGUCAUUGAAGACAUCAUCGGCCGUAAUACGGGAUACCUUACGUGCGCGGCGCACUGUGUAUUGCGCAAGGACGACUCGCCGCGCUGCACGGCUGCCUUCGGCGUUGUCUCAGGCACUCCCGCCCUGAUGCGGAGAGUGGAGGAACUAAGGAACAAGGUACAACCACCAGGCCCUUUUCGGAGAACUUCUGGAGCUUAGACCCGUUCGUGGGAAUCUUUUGGGUGGAGUCCCACGCUUUACCAAGUUUAGUAAGACAAAGAGGACCAGCCAUAUUCUUUGACACCAUAUAGAUACACAUCAUUUCAUCAGUUACCAUUUUGUACUGCCAUACUGUCUGUCUAUUGGCACUUUUUUCAGCUGUCCGUUGUGUGCAAUGUCGUAGUCAUUGAGACAAGAGGAAAUGAAACGUGAACAUUAGGCCAUUAUAUCAAGCUGUUUCGUUACCGCGAGAUGUGCCACAAGUGUCCCAUUAGUACUGCAUUUUAUUUUUUUAUCGGCAUCUCUUUUUAUGAAAACUCUUGCUCAUGUUUAUUACCAUUACCGGCUUCACAUUGUUCUUGGAUGCGAAAGAACGUUUUUAUAUUUGACGAUGCGUCAGAUUUUGAGAAUCUGCGAAAUAAACUGAGUGGUCCA